AUGAGGGAUGGUUUUGUCGCAAAUCGGGAACCUUUUCGGGCGAAACGAAAUGCUAGAUUCGAUGCCUCUGUCGUACUGAUCGCGCUGCUAACCCCAGCCGCCCCUGCCAUCCCAGCACCUCCCUGCCCUGCCCGUGCUCGCGUUCCGGCCGCCGCCGAGCAGCCCCGGCCGCCGGAAACAGCCUGCAGCCAAUAUUCCUCCUCUCUUGGACCACCUCACCACCGGUUUAAGCUUGGUGCUUGGAGAGGCCUGUUAGCCCGAGCACCACCUUCCCCUGGUCGAGACCUUCCUCAGGCGCCCUCCCCCGCCGGCCCCGGCCACCCCCGAGCGUCGCCGGAGCCGCCGGAAGAGGCUGCAGCCAACCGGGUCUGCCCAGACCCGAGCCAGGCCGAGCUCAGGUUGCGGGCCUUGGGACCGCACUUCCCCUGCGGCCAAGCCCCCCUGUCGACCCCGGCGACCUCCAGCAACCCGGCGCGCGCGUCCCCGGCCGUCCCCGCGCCCCGCCGGCCGCCGCCAAGGUCUCCCGCCGCCGCUCGGGUCCUGUGCGGGCCGACCUUGGAGCCGCGCCACUCCCGAGCGCUGCCGUUGCCCUCUGAGGUGAGCACCACCUCCCCCUUGGUCUCAGGCACCGGAUCAUCGCCGCCCCGACCUCCCCCGGUCGCCGCCUCGCCGCCGGCAAGCUCCAGCCCGAGAGGAAGUGUGCGGGCCCGAUCUCCGCCGCCGCGCCACCGGCUGCUGCCCGCCGCCGGCCAGCACCUCCCCCGGACCUCCCCGACCUGCUGCUCCCAUCACCGGCCGGAGCGCCCGCCGCCCGAUCGCCGGCGGCCAUCCCUAGCUCCCACAGCUCCGGUCCGGUCGCUUCGUCUCCGCCUUCGCGAGACCGUUUCAGCUUUAUACAGGUGGGUACUUCGAUCCGACGUCGGUACAGUGGUGCACGCUCGGUGAUAUUUCUUC